AUCGUUGUCGUCAGUCAGUCAGUUCAGUUCGGGUUUUUUCAUUGCGGAAUUAAACGGACACGUAGCCCAAAACAACAACCAGGCGAUAGACCAUCCAAGGCGAAGGCAACAGCAACAACCAGAGCCACGGCAGGAGCAGCUGUAACAACAACAGCAGCGCAACAAAUUCAUCCACAGUCGAUGCAAAAAGUUGAUCCGAAAGCCCCCAGCCAGCCGCAAUCGAAUUAUCCCGAAGUAGAACUCAAUUUGCCUGUCCUGUGCGUGUACUGUGCUGUGGGUGCGUGUACGUGACUGUGUGUGUGUGUGUGUGUCUGCGUCCUUGGGGCUGGCUGGUCAGAACGGUAUUAACUCAAACGGUAUCCGAAUCCGAUUCGGGCCAGACGACACUACAGUCGCAGCCAAAGCCAAAGCCAGAGCAUAUUUCCAUACAGCCGCCCACUCAAGAAGUCGCAACGGAAGCAGAAUCAGGCCAGACCGGGGCCAGAAAAUCAAUUUCUAAUUAACACAAGAUAUACAUUAAAGAAAGGCGUAAAAACUGACUAAAAUUAAAAGCAAGAAAAAAUCAUUCAAGCACAAGUACAGAAAAGUGUAGCAGCAGCAACAUCAGCCCAGUCGCUUCCCCCUCAUCCCAGUGUCGUCCCGGUCGUCCCAGUCGUCCCAUUCGCACUCUUCGUUUGGGGUCGCCAUGCUGGACUAGCAGCAGCACAGCAGCACACGCCUGUUGUUGUACCUUGGGACUGUGUGGAGGUGCAACGGGGGCUACAACAAAAGGGGUUUCCAGCAACAACUGAAGCGAUAACAUAACAUAACUGUGUGUGUGCGUCUAUCGAGUGGUGCUGCAUCGAUAUCCGAUAUAGUCCAGGUUCCAUCAAUCAAAUCAAUCAUCCAUCAUACAACUGCUGGUAUCUCGCUCUCUCUCUGUCUGAAUCUCACGCCUGCCGACAUCUCCAUUCGAAAAAGGCCUAAACCGAAGCAGCGAAGCAAUUUCAUCACAAAAUUAUCAAUAAAAUAAAAUCCAGAGCUGGAGAAAUAAAAACAUACAUAUAUAAAAUAAUAACUACAUCAAGUAAUUAAAGAAUUUUCUAAUAAAGAAAUCUGUGAUUCGCAUAUAAAAGAAAACAAAAGAUAGAAAGAAAGGAUAAAUACAGCAAUUAUUUUCAUAAUACUCUUUUUCCAAAAAGUAAAACCAAUAAAAGUCUAUGAUAAAUUCAUAUAAUUUAUUAAACACAUUUAAACACACAUUUAUAAACAAAAACAAAAUAAGAAAUAAAAUAUUGUAAUAAUAAUUAAAACAAAUAAAUACGGCACACGCAAAAGCAGACACGCCUCGAGGAUAAGGCCAAGAAUAACACCAGCAACCGCAACCGCCGCCGCAACACCGCAGAAGCAGCACCGCACAGAAAUUCACACAAGGUCAACGGAAUUAAUAUUUUUUAAAUGGAAAUCAUUCCUGAAGGUAAACACUUUCGUUUGGUGCAUGAAUCAGAGCUUCCAGAAAUUUUGGUAUCUUUAGAACGCUAUCUGCCGGAAUCAUUAAAGUUUCAUCAAACCAUAAAAACGUACCUGAAUGAUCGUAUUUGGGACUUUAAGUUUUAUGUUGCUAAGGAUUGGCCAGAAAAACCGAUAAUUCUUCAUUUUCCAGGAUGCACGCUUGCGCCGCACAACAAUAUUUACCAAACCCUGGGGAUAUUUUGUCCAUCCGCACACAUCGAGCAUGUAGAUAUGAUGCGCACCGAAGAUUUACUUAUAGAUUGGCAGAAGCCUAUGUACCUGAACUUUACGCACAUCGCCAUUAUGAAUCGCCUGGAUGACUUCUACUCAAAGUUCGGUGUGAUGGAGCGACUCAGUGGUGAUAUCUAUGUGUGCAACAAGCUCAAUGCCGAACUGGAACUGGAGCCGCUGCCGGAAGAUGCGGAGAUGCGUCCGCUGACCCUGGACAAUGUGCAGGGCAUACACGAUCUAUAUCCUGCCAAUGAAAUCGAAUGCGUCCGGCUCUUUGACAUACUCGUGCGCAAGCUGCCUGGCUUGGGGAUCUUUCGCAAGGACACCAGUGAGCUGGCCGCAUGGAUGGUCCACUCGUACUACGGUGCUAUGUUUUCAAUGCAAACACGUCCAGAUUAUCGACGCAUGGGUUAUGGCAUCCGUCUGGCCAAGUCUCUGACGCAGUUGGUCAUCGAGCGUGGCUAUACGCCUUUCGUUGUGAUUCGUCCACAGAAUGAUGCGUCCCGGAAUCUGUACACGAAACUCGGCUACGAGAAGGCCUUCGAAACGUGCCGCGUGCGGAUGACGCCAGACUGCUACGAGGAUAGCACUGUGGGCACCAUAAGUAACUCAUCCUAUGCCAAGUUUCCGCCACUACCUCAGGGGGAGUGCGUCAUUGUUGCGGGGCGCUUGGGCAAGCAUGUGCAUGGCGAGAGCCAGAGCCAGACCGUCGACGAGGGCAUCGAGGAUAUGUUGGCUGAAAAAUGUGAUAUCCGCAGCGACGAGGCUAGGGGGGAGCGCAAGACCACAACCGACGAGGGCAUCGGCGAGGACAAGUAGGAACAGGACGCAGAUUCUCAGAUUCGCAGGUUCUCAGAUUGGGGCGCUAUACCUACGCUAUACUUAUGCUUAAUGCUGUAAGCACCUCUUAGGACUCUUUAGGACAGACAGGACACAGGCACAAACAAAAGUGGCGCUGAUUUUUUAAACGAUUACACAUAUAUAUAUUAAUCUAUUAAUGGAACCUGUACGAAUACGAGUAUAUUUAUAGAUGGUAUAUGAAGCUUCCUCCUCACACAGAACGCGUCGUCGGAGAACGGACAUUUUCGACAGCAGUUAAAGGAUUUAUUUUAUAUGGGGGUAUUGAUAACAAUUCGAGAUCAAAGUCUACGUAGAGAAUGAACGCUGAAGUCCGAAAAUUUUAAAAAAGGAACCGAAGAACAGAGAGAAACUUUUAAUUUUUUGCUAAAAAUGCUUUUACAAAAAUGUACUCCAAGAACGUGGAGCAAGCACAAACAGAAUGAAUGGAUCGUAAAGCAGACCAGACAAAACGAGCGCAUCAAUUUAUUAUAAACUAUUAUAUAUAUAUAUAUAUUAACUCUAUAUAUCAAAUUGUUAAAUGUACUAAACGAACACAAGAACAACAACUUCUCUCUUCUGGCUCUCCGCGCAAAAAAAAAAAAACAAAAACACUCUCUGAAUGGGAAGAUACUCCGUAAUUGGGAAUAAAGAAAAAUCAAACAAAUAUUUCGUUUGGGCCAUGGAACAGAGCUUUGCACACGUUUCCUCCUCCUCUUUUUUGACAAUUUAAAGAAUCCAAUACUAUACAAAAAACAUCAAACAUAUACACAUAUAUAUUUUUCAGAUAUUAUUAAAUACUUGCUGUGCCCAAACGAAAUGCUUUGAUUUUUUGAGACGACAAGAAAAUCUGGGUUUAUAGGCUUUUUUCUAAUUUAUAUAUAUACCCACAAGCCAAGCCCAGUGGAAGGAUAACGAAAGCGAAAACCAAACAAAAAACACAACAAAAUAAAUAUAUAUUUUAUUAUUACGAAAUUUUAUUAAACUAUGCAAACGAGUACUCAA